AGACGGUUGUUGCAGGAUCUUGUUGUCACCACCAAAGCUACUCCUCUAUAAGCUUUGGUCACCACCCUCUGGUCCCGACUCCGCCUCGGCCUCGGCCUCAGCAUCAGCUGUCGCCCAGCUGAGGGAAGAUGCUGCGGCGCGGUUGCCCGACUCUGCGAGCGGCUGCCCGGCUCCAGCCCCGGCUCCAGCCCGCGGCCCCGGCCCCGGCCUACUCGAGCCUGGCGGCGGCGGCGGCGGCGGUGGCGGCGGUGGCGGCGGGGUCGCCGUUGCUGCGCUCCCGGGCCUAUGUGGGCGGCCGCUGGGUGGAGGCGGAGGGCGCAGCGCGGUUCGCGGUGCAGGAACCGGCCAGCGGGCAGAUGCUCGCCCGGGUGGCCGACUGCGGCCCCGAGGAUGCCAGGGCGGCCGUGAGGGCGGCGCAUCAGGGCCUUCCCGCCUGGAGGGCGGCCACCGGCAAGGAGCGAAGCAAUCUAUUAAGAAAAUGGUACGACUUAAUGAUAAAAAACAAAGACGAGCUUGCAAAAUUAAUUACUGCAGAAAAUGGGAAACCACUCAAGGAAGCCUUGGGCGAAACACUAUAUGCUGCGUCGUUCUUGGAAUGGUUUUCAGAAGAAGCUCGUAGGGUUUAUGGUGACGUUGUUCCUGCAUCUUCGCCAAACCGUAGGAUCCUGAUUCUGAAACAACCCAUCGGAGUAGCGUCUAUUAUAACUCCCUGGAAUUUUCCCAGUGCCAUGCUGACCAGAAAGGCUGGGGCUGCCUUAGCUGUAGGCUGCACGGUGGUGGUGAAACCUGCUGAAGAUACUCCCCUAUCUGCAUUGGCACUGGCAGAGCUUGCAGAUCAGGCUGGGAUUCCUGCAGGGGUUUUCAAUGUAAUUCCCUCCUCCAAGUCCAACACACCUGCUGUAGGAGAAGUGCUUUGUACCGAUCCUCUUGUUGCUGCCAUCUCUUUUACUGGGUCUACAACAACUGGAAAGAUCCUGCUCCGCCAUGCCUGUGACACUGUGAAGAAAGCUUCUAUGGAGCUGGGAGGGCUGGCUCCCUUCAUUGUUUUUGACAGUGCUGACUUGGAUCAAGCUGUAGUUGGUGCCAUGGCUUCCAAGUUCCGAAACUCUGGACAGACUUGUGUGUGUGCAAAUCGGUUCCUGGUGCAGGAGGGAAUCCACGAUGCUUUUGUGGAGAAGUUGGUCAAGGCAAUGCACAGUGAGUUGCGCGUUGGAAGUGGAUUUGAUGAACAGACCACACAGGGACCUCUAAUCAAUGAAAGAGCAGUGGAAAAGGUGGAGCAUCAGAUAAGUGAUGCAGUGUCUCGUGGUGCCUGCAUCGUGACAGGGGGAAAGAGACAUAAUCUUGGAGCGUCUUUCUUUGAACCAACUCUCCUUUCUAAAGUCACCACAGACAUGCUUUGCACACAGGAGGAAACAUUUGGACCAUUAGUACCUGUUCUCAAGUUUCGAACUGAGGAAGAAGCCAUUGCCAUCGCGAAUGCUGCUAAUGUUGGUCUGGCUGGUUAUUUUUACUCUGGGAACAUUGCUCAGAUUUGGAGAGUGGCUGAACAGCUGGAAGUUGGCAUAGUCGGUAUUAAUGAAGGGCUGUUGUCCACCCCUGAGGCACCAUUUGGUGGAGUUAAACAAUCUGGACUUGGGAGAGAAGGCUCCAAAUAUGGGGUUGAUGAUUUCUUGGAAAUCAAGUAUGUGUGUUUUGGUGGUUUAUAAAGUUAAGCAUUUGGAGAAAUGUGAACGGCGUGUCAAUCAGUUAAUUUACUCAAACCUUACUACAGAAAAUCCAUCCAUUGUCCAUAACACACUAGAUUUAUCAAACAUGGCACUUUAGAUUUUUAGAUCAUGUGGAUGAUUUGUGGGGAACACUUUUGCAUCUUAAAUGUUUGUAAUGUUUGAGUCGUUUAGUAACACUACUGUAAUUUAUAAUAAUUGGUUAAAUUAGCCAUUAACUAUUUGUAUUGUUUAAGACCCAGUUUUGACAUCUGUUCACUUUUACAAAAAAAUGUGCAAUGUGCUAUAAUGCUUCUGAAUUGUUCAAUGAAUUCAAAAUUCUUAGCUGCCAAAUAGCUAAAUGUUUUAAAAGAAUGGUCAUUGUUACUUUAUUGUUAAGUUGAAUUAACUGCAAAUUAACUUUCUUAUGAAAGCUCUAGUCAUUGACCUUAUUAAAUUAUGGUUGUAUUUAAAACAUUGAAGGGAUUUUUGUCAUUUGGCUGUACUGUUUUAAUAUUUAAUGUAAAUAGCGUACUUUGUGCAAACAUAAAUCUGAUUUUAGAACAGUAACUUUCUAGGGACAUGAUGAACGCUGGAAUGCAGAUCUCACAGUCUAGAAAGGUGGCCCACUACUGGAUUAAACAGAAAACAGUAGAGUAAAGGAUAAAGAAACACCACUUUCUUGGCUGUGUUUGUUUCAGCAACUCGAUGUAUUGUGUAUGGCCAUGAUUUGGCAAUAGGUGCUUUGUAUUGAUUUUGAGUUAUUCCACAAAUUGAUGACUUUGCAAUGGAAAAACUCUUAAGAGCUAGAUUCACAGUUCAACUUUUCUGUGAUAUCAAUCUUUCCUUAAAGUGGCAAACGUUAAAGGGUCUGAAGAAGGGUCUCGACCGAAAACGUCACCUCUUCCUUUACUCCAGAAAUGACCCGUUGCGUUACUCCAGCAUGUUGUGUCCAUUGGAAUAGUUAUGUAUGUAGUCCUUUCAAAGUAGCAGAAAAAUAUUACCAUGACACACGAGUUAUGUCUGAAGAACUUGUCAAUUUAUUCGCAGCUGUUUGUGCAGAAGCAAAAACAGGUCAGGUUUGAGACCAACAUGUUAAUAUUCACUGUAAAUUACAUUAUUUUCUUCAUCACAUUACAUUGAGGGUGGACAUUUAUGUUCUGGAAUCCUUUAAUUGAUGCUUACUACCAUUGAUCCAGGCUAUCUGCUGGAAAUGAAGGACAUUUUAAGCAUGUUGUGCUAAAUUUACCAAUGCUACAGACCUCUCCUUGGGAUGGAACAGCACAGCACAUCACAGGAGGAACAGGCCUUUCAGCCCACAAUGUCUGUGUCAAACAUGAUGCCAAAGUUCAACUAAUCUCCUCUGCCUCCAUGUGAUCUAUACUUCUCCAUUCUCUGUAUAUCACUGUGCCUAUCCAAAAGCCUCAAGUACCACUAUCAUUUCUGCCUCCGCUCCAGGCAUCCAUCCUACAUUACAAAAAACAUGCCCAACACAUCUCCUUCAAACUUUGCCCCUCUCACCUUAGAGCUAUACAAUCUAAUCUUUGACCUAUCCAUACUGGG